AUGCCUGGAAUUACAGGCGAGACACGUAAGAUUGACCCCAAAGAACUCGUGUGUACUCUGUUGAAAAGCUUGCCUGCUGUGCUCUUGGGCACGUUGCUCAAUAUCCUGGAUGGAGUUUCAUAUGGAAUGAUUAUUUUCCCUGCGUCUGGUGUCUUUGCUGGUUUAGGCGGGAUGGGGGUGUCGAUGUUUUUUGUCUCCACAGUGGUGGCACAAAUCGUGUAUUGCUUUGGAGGGAGCAGCUUUGUUGGGGCCAAUGGCAGUAUGAUGAUCGAGGUUGUCCCCUUCUUUCACAUCCUCGCAUCCACCAUAGCACGUGAUAUCGGAGACUCAUAUCCGAAAGAGAUCAUUGCCACGACGAUUGCGGCGUUUGCGCUUUCGUCUGUACUCACUGAUGUAUUGGGGGGGUUGGCAGUCUUCCUGAUUCUUACAGGCCUCACAGUAAGCACACGUCUCCCGUCCGAUGCACUCGAUCCGCCGACGCUGGAGACCCUCCGGUACUUCAUCUUCAAUUCGCACGCCCUUGCGCAAUGGAUCCCUCCUCUUGUCCUGGCAGUGCUUCUGAGGUUCAUUACAAUGCGAUGGAAACAUCAGCUUGUGUUCCCUGUUUAUUUCAUGAUUGUACCGGUUGUGUUUUAUGUGGUUGUUGCAGCUGCACAGCUUGAUCUUGGUGUACUGAGGAGGGACGGCUGGCUUUUUGAUAUGGCUGAGGGAACUGGUGGCGGGGAGGACAAGUGGUAUGAAUUUUAUUCGUAUCUCGAUCUUGGAUUGAUUCGAUUUACGCCCCUACGAACGACACUGCCGAUACAAUUUGCAUUGUUGUUUUUCAAUAUCUUGCACCCACCUUUGAACGUUCCUGCGCUAUCGGUGUCCCUUGAUGUAGACAUUGAUACUAACAAGGAGCUUUUGGGACAUGGGUACUCGAAUUUACUUGCUGGGUUUCUAGGCACGGUACCAAACUAUCUUGUAUACGUGAACACCUUACUGUUUUACCGCGUGGGCGGCGGGACGCGUAUUGCCAGCUUCUUGCUUGCAGUCGCUACAUUUAUCCUGCUAGUGAUUGGGACGGGACCCGUAGCGUACAUUCCCGUCAUGGUCGUCAGCGCCCUAAUCCUCGUGCUCGGGAUUGACCUCGUCAAGGAGGCGUUGUGGGAUACACGACACCGGGUUAGCAGGAUGGAGUAUAUCACGAUAGUCAGCAUUAUGGUUACGAUGACGGCCUGGGACUUUGUCAUUGGUGUUUUGUUUGGCAUUGUCGUCAGCUGCUUCUUCUUUGUGGUACAGAACUCGCAGAGAAGGAGCUUACGUGCAUGCUAUACUGGAGAGUCGGCAAUUUCCACGGUCAGGCGGCCUGCUGCACACAGGGCGUACAUCCGAGAAGUGUCGAAACAAACGAGGGUGCUUCGUCUUCAGGGAUUUCUUUUCUUUGGCACCAUCGCACACGUUGAAGAGACUUUGAGAAACAUCGUUGAAGACGCCACCUGGCAACGGAAUCCUGUCCGUUUCGUUGUUGUCGACUUGUCCCUUGUGGUAGGGGUGGACAUGUCCGCCGCAGAAGCUUUCGUGCGUGUGCAGCGCUUGCUCGAUGCAAAGGGCGUGGUGUUGGUGUUUUGCGGUGUUACUGCCAACAGCCUCUGCGGUAAAGCGCUGAGCAGUGUGGGAAUCCUCCAAGAGCCAUCCGUAGAGGUCUUUGAGACGUUGAAUGAUGCGAUGGAAUGGACCGAGAAUGCGUAUCUGCGAGCAUGGUUCAGAGCUCAGAAGUCAUGGACAACUCCAAUAACACUUCCUGGCCGCCGAGAUACCAGCCUUUCCUUUGAUGACGCUUUGACGGGAUCUCCGAGGCAAAUGCAACUUCGUGAUGUUGGAGAACGCACGAUUGCUGGUGAGAAUUCUUCUGAGCCAUACAAUACUCUCCUUAAUGCGUUCUCGUCAUAUCACGACGUAGACCAGAGCACGUUCAAACAGAUCGCCCCGUAUUUUGAGCGGUUCACAUUCCCAGACGGUUUUGUCCUAUGGGAGAAUAAUGAUACCCCCGAUGGCCUGUAUAUCAUCGAGUCAGGCAUCCUGCGGGCGUCAUACAAGUUUGCAGAGCACAGCCCCGUUAUCGAGGAGUCAAUGGUGUCGGGUACUGUUGCAGGCGAGCUUUCUGCUUUGUCGGGCAUGCCGCGGAAUGCACGAGUGGUUGUAGAGCAGCAGGUGGUAUUGUGGAAGCUGUCUCUGGAAAACAUGCGCCGAAUGGAGGCAGAACAUCCUCAUCUUGCGCAGAUUUUUGUGCAACUUGUACUCAAAGCUGCCAAAGUCGAUACCGACAUCCUUCUUGCUGCCUUGGCAACAAGAUAA